AUGAUUUUCCUAUACUUCCUUCUGAGUUUCUUUCUCUUCGGCUCGAGUAAAGGUGAUCAUCUAGCUACCAGCGCGGACGACACCGAGCCCGACGAACCCUUGUUCCUCGACAUCCCCAUUGCCGAUAUCGCUAAUGCGGCUGAGGACUUGAAGCUGGUUGAGCCCUGGACUAGCAGAUAUGUUGCUGCCAUUCACGAAAAGAGAUUUGGGGAUGCUUUGUGGGCACGUUACCACAUCUUUGGGGAGAUCAUCAAUGGUACCUUUGAAGAUACGAACGUGACAGUGCUCGAUCGUAUUGAGGAAGAUGCCAUGGAGUACAAAGUCAAUGAGCCAGAAUUGUUCAGCAAUGCACUCUCUUUCUAUGCAAACACAAGCAGCAACGAUACACAUACCGAAAUACUUGAUCUCCUAGCAAAUGUCAACCUCAAGGACGUUACUAGUCAUCUUGAAGAGAGGGCUACAUUUGGACUCACUCAGUCGCUGAGCUCAUAG